AGGCUGGCAGACUUCCACAUGAAUUGCCAGACGACAUCGCAUUCUAUAACAAGCUGUCCUAAUGAUAACUACCACGGUUGUCUGGUGUCCUACGUUGGACUCAUUGGAUCAGAUGUGACUCCAAACUAUGUGGAUGCGAGCCACACCAACAUCACCAUUUCCCCUUGGUGUGGCUGUCGAGGCAGUGGAAAUCAUGAAGCUGAGUGCGAGGUCUUCCUUCGAGACUUCAGAGAGAACACUUGCUUGAGAAAUGCUAUCCAGGCAUUCGGUUAUGGCACGGAUGCAGAUCUAGUUCCCAUCACUGAGUCUCAGUCAGCAGUCCCAUCAGCACGGACCAAUCUUCAACCGGGUAUCAUCACCAAACAUGUCAUCAGCUCAAAUGAUGUCAAGCAAAUAGACAGUGCAUGUGUUUUCUCCACAUGCGCCAACCUUCAGGACAGUGAGCAGAAGUGUUCUAACAGCUUUGAAUGUGCUGAGGAGAAUGUGCUGAACCCCAAUAUGGAGGGAUCCAUUGACUCGGUGGACUCUCACCAGGCUGACAACAACAGAGCCAGACAUUCAUCUGUGACUUCAAUCAGUGUUUCUGCCGCCACACUGACACUGGCCUUUGCACUGGUCAAUCAGGCUCUGUAAACACAGCCUGACUCUACAACACCAGGAAGCAUCUGAUGGAUUCUUCUGACCUCAAUCAAAGAACUUCUCUAAAGUGACAUUGAUCUUUCUUUUCUCUCUUAGUGUGUGUGUAUGUGUGUAUCACACGCCAUCUUUAAGAACAAGUCGGAACAAAAAACAACAGAUCCUUUGCAGGAGCUUCUAAAUGACUAGAAACACCACUGCCCCGUUGAAGAGAAAUUGAGGAACCCCUGGUGGCUGACAAUGAACAUAAAAAAAAACUUCCACGAAUAUCUUAUGCUAGAAGGAAAGCAGGGCACCGGGUUCCUCAAAAUCACGAUGGAUGUUUGAUCAAGAACAGGCUAUAAAAUGCAGGCAUGUACCCACUGAUAAACUCUCUGUAUAUUUACCUAGAAAUAGAGAGCACCCAUUAUACUUUUUGCUAUCUCCUCAGCGCACAUCAGUACAAUAGUGUUCACUGCCUCGAUCAUUACCAAUAAUUUCAUGUAAAUGUUUUAGUUUGAAGAAAAAAAAAAAAUGGAUGAAAUCUCAGUUGGUGCCCUCAAAUUCUGGCGAACUAUAUACAAGGGUUCAUCCGUGACACGUUUGGAUCCUCCAAUCUAGCAAGAUUUGGAUCAUACUGCCCUGUGUACAAUGUGUAUAAUGAUGUUUGUAAUUAUAUGAGAUUUUUUUUCUUUCCUGUUUUAUCUCUAAAGAACCUUUAGCAUGUGCCGGAAAGCCGAGUGACGCAGGAACUAGAAGAAAAGCAGAGAGCCGUGUGAAACGUAUCACCAUGGAGAGCCGUCAGUGCCAAUGAUGUUUAGGCUGUUAUUAUGUGUAAUCAUUUCUUUCUUGCCAAAAGACUUGGAUUAUAUUCAAAGAAAAAUACUCUGGGGAGAGCGGAACAAAAGGUCCAUUUGCGGAGAGGGUCAAUUGUUGGUGUAUUUUAUAGUGUGCAAUCUAUUGUGUGGCCUUACUUUUUUGUCUUUGCUCUGUUCCACUCUCUUAUUUAAUGGUUUCAGACCAUACCACUUGCAGAGUACCGCCAAGACUGACUGAUAUGAUUUCAGAUGUUCAAAAAUAGCAGCUUCUAUGACUCAAAAAGGUCUUGGUUCAUUUGUGAUGCUUUAAAAUGAGGCCCAAGAAUGUGUCAGAAAUAUUUGUUUAAAUAUAAAUAAAAACAUAGUAAUGUC